AGAGAAAAGACCCCCUCUGGGCUGUUUGUGCUUCAGCAGCGUGUGGUUUGUUGAGGCUCUGGUGAGUUUGGCUUGGAGUUUAGUUGAGUUGAGUUGUGUGUUGAUGUCUGUGUAAGUCUGAGACUCUAAGAGGAGGAGUAAGUGAUACUACUGCCAGCAUGCACUCUCAUACUCAUUCAGACGGAGUAUGAGAGUGUUUACCCCAGCACUAAUGGGAUUGAUUCCGAGAGAGCGUAUCCUGACUCAGGGAAGAGGGUGAGCUUGAUGAGUAAGAGAGAUGUUCUGAAAGAGGAUGAACGGGUCUGAUGUAACCUCCAUGCUAACCUCGAUGGGUGCUACUCUUUUGUUGUGAGUAUUCAAUGAAGAUCACCUGCACUUGCGAAAAUACCUACUGCGUGAGAGAGCUCCCAGACAGAGAAUAAAGCUUUGGAUAUUCAAGUCGACUCUUCCGACACGGACAUCCUUCAGACAGCCAGAGGCAUGGAGGUUCCCAACCGGGUCAUGCAUCUCACGUUCUCUGUGGAGGACAGAAAUGGAAAUGACAUAACUUGCCCUGUUAGUGACCCAUCCCCUGAUUCAUUAAGAACCAACAGUAGUUUGAGUCAUGGCAGCACAGAUAGUCCAGAUGAUAUGGAAAUGGUGGAGGACUGUAGCAGUGAAGAGAACCUGGUGAGAAAAGUGAUUCUGCAGUCAGAAAACACAGCCAUGAUGGACUUUGUCAAAACUGAUGACAACUGUAACCAACAGAAUGAUUCUAAUUCUAAAAGCUCCCAGACCCCGAUCUUCUGUAAACCUUCAAAAACUCGGGGCUCAAGAUCUUGCCUUGACUCUGCAGAGCAAGAGGUCUUUGUCCUGAACUCUGUUAAGAUAUCACGCUGUAACUCUGAGACCUGCAGCUCUGUAAGCUCUGGUGAGAUGGUGCUCAGAAAUAAUAGUUUCAUUAUACAUGAAUCUGAGCCACAGCUCAGUGUCUCUCUCUUAGACGAGUCCUCAGAUAUUCCUUCAGAUGUUGGCAUGAUGCCUGGGUCGCUGCCUGAUGUCUGUGAGGGUCUAGUUAAUAAUAUGGUCUCAAAACACCAAGAACUUGGUGUCACCUUUAUUCAACCAUCCAACCAGACUUUCAUCAUGGAAGAGGAAGUCUUUCAAUUAACUCCAGGGUCUUUGGUUCUUCACGGAAGUGAGAGAAAGUCUUCACACUUGAUUCCAGGUGUAGAUAGAGCUGAUUGUGUCACACCAAUCAAUUGGAACAAGAGUAAUACUGAAGCUAAAAAGUUUCUGUCCCACACAAGUGGGUCCCUUCACUCCACUCCAGCUGAAGGAAGGACCUUCCACCUUCCAAACUCUGAGGAAUUAGACUUUAGUGGAAAUGCCCAAACCUCUACUCCUGUCCAGGCCUUGAGCUCCAAGACCUUUUGCGUUCCAACCCUAUCUGACUCUUCACCAAACAAGGGUGGUAAGAGUGAUUCGGGAAGUCCAUUGGAACAUGUCAUUAAGGAAAAGCCAGUAUCUUCAGUCCUAAAGAAGCCAAGAACACCUAUGACUGCUCCACCCAAAAUGUACAAGCCUGAAAACAAGAGGUUUGCCAAGCCUGACUUCAGUAAUGUCAAGUCCAAAGUUGUGACAAGACCCAGCAGUGCCUCAAAACUAGCAAGUGUAUCAGCUGUAAGGGUCUCAUCAAACAUCUCACACCAAUUCAACAGGAACCACCAGACUACAAAAACUCCUCACUCCAUGCAACACAAGACUUCGCUUACCAAACCUACCGCUGUCGUUUCUUCCAACCCUACCAACACCUCUGCUUCUAAUGGCAUUAAGAAGCUUCACAGCACUGUGGGUAAAAGAGUCCGUGCUGCCACUUGCCAAGAAGAAGCACCGGCUCCAAAGUCUAGACCGCGCACCCGUUCUGAAACGUCCAACUCAUCAAAAAUUACUAAAGAGGAAUCCGGUGACGUGAAGGAGGUCAGUACGAAUUUGCUCAACACCACAACAUGCUCAUCUGUUGAUAUUGAGCAGAAUAAGACUACCAGUUUAACCAAUCAAGCAGACAAAUCAUCAGCUUCUUCUGGAGAAGUAAAGAAAGUGGAUGCGUCUGUCAGUAUUUCCAGGAAACCUCCAAGAACUACUCCAAAAACCCCCUCGUCCCGGCUGGCAGAACCGGCACCGUGUGACUGGAGCAAAGGCAGGCUUGGCUCUCAGCCAUCGUCAUCCAGGGCAGGAGGUGUUCCCGCUGCUCGAGGUCCAGCUGCAAACCCUCGGCAACCGCCUCUGCCUGGAUCAAAGCUCAAGCCUGGCACAGCAGGGAAAAAUGGUUGCGCCACAACUGACAUGCCUUCUCCGAGGAUCAAACCGAGCACGUCUGGAGGGAAUCAGAAAAUGCGGCUGACUGAAUGUACAGGAGCAGAGGCUUCAGUCCAUCCAAAACACUCUGUAACUCCAGCUCACCCACAUAAUGCAGCCUCAAAGCUUCCGGUGAAGCCCAGAGGCCAGCUCAAGAGCGCCAGUGCCUCCAACGGACACUCAAAGCCAGAUUAUGUAGAAGCUUCUUCAGGAGUUUUUGGCAAACCCCCUACUAACAGAGCUGCUUCAGUGAGGACCAGGCUCCAGAGUCUUCCUCCCAGAGCUUCAUCAGCAGGAUGCAGAAACACAUCUUUGACAUCUCAAGCAUCUGUGAGGUCUUCUCCCAAUGUUCUCAAAACCUCUGCUCCACCACGACAUGUUCGACUUGCUGGGGCUUCGUCAGUUGACAAAGGCAAGGCGAAGACGACUGUUCGGAACCACCAGCAGCAGCAGGGCCAGACCAACGGCCAUCCGGACCUGGUGCCACCAGAGACGAAGCCAAGAGGGGUGGAGUACUUCAAGGCUCUGUGUGAGAAGAAGAACCAGACAAUCCAACACCUGAAAAACAGCUUAGCAGUGAACAACCGCAAAUUUGAGGCCAUCACUGUGGUUGUGCAGAACCUUAGUGCUAAGCAUGAAGAAGCAGUGAAACGGCGCCAGGAGAUUUCCAGAGAACUGCUCAGCCUACGUGAGGAACUUGUAAGCUCAGCGCAGUCAUGCGAACGUCUGGAGCAGGAGAAGGAGGAUCUGCGGGUGACCUUCGAUGGAGUGCUGCAGAAAGUCCAGGAGCAACACCGCUCCGACCUGUCCGACCUGGAGGAACGUCUGAAGACUUUCUAUUCAGCUGAGUGGGUGAAGGUUCACCAGACAUACCAGGAUGAGGCGGACAAGUGCAAAGCCCAGAUGGAGCAGCAGCUGGAGGAGUUGAGAGCCAGGCAUGAGGAUCUGAAGCAAGAACUGGAAGUCAGCCACGGACAGAAGGUGGAGAGCCUUAAACAGCACUAUGAAGAAACUUUUGAAGAACUUAGAAACUCACAUGAGCUGGAUAUGAACACAUUGAAAAAGAAACUAAAUGAUGCUGAAACAACGUUAUCAAAUCAAAUUGAGGAGCUCACAGCCGAGAACUGCUCGCUCAGCGAGAGGCUGAAAGUAGAGGAGGACAGAAGAAAAGAACUGGCCGAUAAAUGCCAGAAGGACUCCCACACACUCUACCUGGAGCAAGAGUUGGAAAGUCUGAAAGUGGUGCUUGACAUUAAGAACAAGCAGAUCCACCAACAGGACAAGAAACUUAUGCAAAUGGACAAACUGCUGGAGAAAAAUGUGAAAAUUGAUGAAUGCCUUAAGAAAGUCCAGCAAGAAAAUGAGGACCUAAAAGCCAGGAUGGACAGACAUGCUGCCUUAUCAAGGCAACUCUCCACAGAGCAGGCCGUCCUGCAGGAGUCUCUUCAGAAGGAGUCCAAAGUCAACAAGCGUCUCUCUAUGGAAAACGAGGAGCUCCUCUGGAAGCUGCAGAACGGAGACCUGAGCAGCCCCCGCAAAACGUCCCCCUCCUCGCCCUCCAUCACCCUCCAGAGCCCCCACAACUCAGGCCUCUUCUCCAGCCCCCCAAUAUCACCCAGAUAACACUGGCCCUCGGCUUCCUGGAAGCGGCUUCUGAAAGACUUCCUUCCUCCUCGAUUCCGAAAGCUAUAUUAGCUGUGGGAGGUGUGGGACCUGUCGCUUGAAGGACUUUAAUCCAAAGUGGAUCUACUCUCAGGUGACCCUUGUAGAGUUGAAUGACAAAGACUGAAGGAAAUAUUGCACAGAAGCACUUAACCAAUGAGGCCACCUUUUUGUACUUUUUGCCUUUCGUGUGUAAUUAGUUUUUUGAAAGAAAAAAAAAAAAAAGAAAAUCUCAGGGCAUGUAAAUAAGUUCUCACUGUUUUUUCUUAUCUUGUUUUUGCUUUAACUUCAGAUAGCGUCUCUUUCACUGGAUUGUUCUGAGUCUUGCGUUACAGGAAACAUGGGUCGACACAUUGAAACAUUGGUCUUUUUGGAUGAAAUGAAGAAAUACUGUAGAAGUAUACUUUUUAAAAAGUCUUCUUGGCUUCUUUGCAGAGGACUAAUGUUCAUCAGAAUCAAAAAAAUAUUAGCGCCUUAGGUGAUUUUAAAAAAAGCUUUACCUCUAGGAGCCUUUGGAAGGAUAUGAAGAAGAAUAUGUACUUGUUGGAAAAUAUACAAGAAUUUAAGAAAACAUUUAUGAAAAAAAUUAAUUAUAUCUGAAGUGUUUUUUGUUUUUUGUUUGUUUUACUGCCCCAAAUCCAGUGAUUAAAAAAUAUCUGCCAUUUUUAUAACUCUGCAUUUAAAUACAGUCCCUCCACUUUUUGCCUGUGCCACUGGCUGCUCUGCAACCCCAAAGCAUGAUGCAUCCACCCCCAUGCUUUACAGUUGGCAAGAUGUUCCUUUCACGAAAUACGGUUUCUUUUAAGCUUUAGAACAAUAGAACAAAAUAGAACAUGUCUCCUUACUGCCCUGAUCUAGUGAUGUGAAAACAUUUUAUUAAAUAUGGACACUAUGAAUUUAGGAACUUUAACAAACCCUGAGGAAAAAAAUAUAUAUAUUCCCCCACUUGUCCCCCUUUUCACCCCCCAACUAGCCUAUAUGACCAUGGGACCAAUAGAAAUGACUGUUUGUGCAUGUUUCAGUGGCCUCAAGAGCACCCCUCACUGUCUGAAAUCUCCUACUGCAGCUUUAAAAGGUCUGACUCUUUAAAAUGUGUUAAAGUAAGUUGUAAGAGAAGAAGUGAUGAAAUGAAGAGGAAACGUGUGUGUAUGAGUUUAUUUGGUUGGUUAAGUGUAGCUAAGAUAUUUGUGUGGGUAUUAAGUUUUUUUGUGUGAAGCUGAAACUCUUUGAAAUAUGCAAAUAAAUAAAUAAAGUCAUAUUAAAAACA